AUGAAAUUAAUUGCAACCCAACAUCCGUUCACCCACCCUUCAACCCUUAACCUGCGCACCAACACCAGCGUUAAUGUGGGCACCCAGCUCGCCCUUGCCUGUUUUACUCUCCAGGCCUGCAAUGACAGAGGAGGACUCUGCCUGCUACACGGCAAGGCAGUGCAUACCCUCGCAAUCAAGCUGCUGCCUUACCGAGGCGCUCAGCACAUUUACUCGAAGCUGCUCCAUUUUUACUGCAAGGCCGGGAUGGUUAUGCAUGCUCGCCGAGUGUUUGACGAAAUGUCUGAGAGAGAUUUGAUGGCGUGGACGGUGUUGAUUGGGGGAUUUGCACGCCAUGGGCUCUUAUCUGAGGCUCUUGCCUUGUUUAGAGAAAUGGUUCUUCACCAUAAGCCAAACAGCUUCUCGGUUAGCGUUGUUUUGAAGUGUUGUUCUGCGUUGGGUGCUCUUAGAGCAGGAAGGGAGAUGCAUGGUUAUAUGGUUAGGAAUAUGACGGAAAAGGAUACCUGCUCCGAGAGUUCUCUCGUUGAUUUUUAUGCUAAAUUGGGGCUUUUAACUGAGGCGAGGGAGGUGUUCGAUGGGAUGACUGAGAGAGAUGUGAUCUCUUGGACUAUCAUGAUAAGGGUAUAUGCUAAUACACAUGGCUGUGAAGAUGAUAUGUUGGGUCUCUUUGAGCACAUGCAAUGCAGCGGUGUCGAGCCUACUCGGCAUACUCUGUCUGUGAUGUUGGGAUGCGCUGAUCUGGAGCUCGGGAAACAGCUCCACGCACAUGUUUUGAAGAGGAAUUGGGGUUUAGAUGCAUUCUUGGGCAGUGCCCUUGUGGACGUGUAUGCAAAAAACGGCAAUUUGGGUAGUGCCCAUAUGGUUUUUGAUUGGAUUGUGGAGAAGGAUAUUGUCUGCUUCAACAGCCUGAUAUCAGGUUACGGGAGAACUGGGAAUGGAGAGCGUAUCAUUUGCUUGUUUGUAGAGAUGGGUGUUGUGGGAUUUGCAGCUAAUCAGAGCACUUACGUAGGAAUGCUAAACGGGUGUGCAAACAUGGGCUCAAUGUCCUUCUCCAAGCAACUCCACGCACAAGUGAUAGCAACAGGAUUCAUACAUGAUUUAGUAAUUCAAGGGGUUGUUGUUGACAUGUAUGCAAAGUGUGGGUGUCUGGAAGCUGCUCGGACUGCCUUUGAUGGAAUGAGCUUGUCGAAGAGCAUAGUUGCUUGGAAUUCAAUGAUUGGUGGAUAUGGGAGGCAUGGCUGUGGCGAGGAAGCUCUUCAGAUCUUCAAUUCAAUGGAGACGGCAGCUGUUCCUCCCGAUUGCAUUACUUUCACAUGCCUCCUAUCAGCUUGCAGCCAUUCUGGUUUGGUCCACGAAGGAAGACGAUUGUUUGAUUUGAUGCACAGGGUCUAUGGGAUACAGGCUCAGAACGAGCAUUACUGUUGCAUGGUCGAUCUCUUGGGCCGUGCUGGUAUGACACAUGAGGCCUAUGAGUUCAUAUGUAGAAUGCCAUAUGAGGCCGGCUCUUCUGUUUGGGCAGCUCUCUUGGGUGCUUGUAGAGUAUGGCGUGAUCCUAAACUAGGAGAGAUCGCAGCAAGACGAUUACUUGAGCUAGAACCUGAUUCGUCAGGAUCAUAUGUUGCAUUAGCCAACAUCUACGCAGCACGUGGCAGGUGGGCCGACGUGGAUAUGAUCAGAGAACUGAUGGACAGUCGCCAAAUAAGGAAGGAUCCUGGGUAUAGCUGGAUUGAAAUUGAUAAUCAGAUGCAUAAGUUCAAGGCUGGGGAGACAAUACACACUAGAAUACAAGAGAUCCGUUCCACAUGCGAGAGAAUACAUUCAUCCAUCUGUGAUCCCUUCACUUGUACACCAGAUAAUGCCGUAUAA